CCAUGCAUGCAUAAUGAGGGGGCACCGCGGCACCACGCGGGGGCUCCCGGCCCACUUUUGUAUUUAAAGCCUCGCAAUCAGCGAGUCCGCAGCCGGGCUCAGCGGAUCCGCUCCCCGGGCCCCUUGUCACCCGAGAAGCCGCCGCCGAGGGAAGCCCGGGAGCCGCUCCCCGGCCGCGCCGAGUUUCUUGUUCUCCCCGCGCCGCCCGGAAAGGGCUCCACGGAGCUCAGCGAGGCCGGGGUCGCCGCGGGCGGAGGGGGAGGGGACGCGGGCGUCCGGGCCCCGGGAAGGCGGGCAGCGCUCCGACUCAAGCCAGGAAGCGGCGCGAUGCGAGAGCCCGCGGCGGCGGCGUUGGCGGCGGCGGCACGGCGCUGAGCCCGGGAGGAAGGAGCCGCCGCGGCCGCACAACGGAUCUGCAGGCGCGGAGCAAAAUGCACCCGCGGCGCCGCGCGGUCCUGCAGCCCCGCCGCGGCCCCGCGGCCCGCAGCCCCCCGGGGCGGCAGUGAGCGCCUCCCGCCACAGCCGGGGCCGACCGGAGGGGCUCUCUGCGGCUGUGCAUUUCUGGAAAGCCACCGCAGCCCUAGCGAGCGGGCAGCCAGACCUUCUGCAAGCAGCGCGGCACCAGUGAGCGGCGGGCAUGGAUUUAUGAAAACACUCAUGCAAGAAGUUGGCAGGACUGGGGCAAACUUUUCCACCGGCUCCGCGUCCACCGCUGCCCGCGCCUCGUCUCCUUUACCCUCCUCGCCCGGCGGCCGCCGCUGCCCGCGAUGGUGGCAGGGCUGCUGGGCGGCGGCGGCGGGGUCCGCGCGGGGACCGUGCCGGGCGUCUGGCUGUGCCUGAUGGCGCUGCUGCAGCUGCUGAGCUCCGCGCCGCGGGGCUCGGGGCUGGCGCACGGCCGCCGCCUCAUCUGCUGGCAGGCGCUGCUGCAGUGCCAGGGGGAGCCGGAGUGCAGCUACGCCUACAACCAGUACGCCGAGGCGUGCGCGCCGGUGCUGGCGCAGCGCGGCGGGGGCGACACGCCGGGGACCGCCGCCGCCGCCGCCUUCCCGGCCUCGGCCGCCUCGUUCUCGUCGCGCUGGCGCUGCCCGAGCCACUGCAUCUCGGCGCUCAUUCAGCUCAACCACACGCGCCGCGGGCCCGCCCUGGAGGACUGUGACUGCGCGCAGGACGAGAACUGCAAGUCCACCAAGCGCGCCAUUGAGCCGUGCCUGCCCCGGACGAGCAGCGGCGGCUCGGGCGGCCCGGGCGCGGGCGGGGUCAUGGGCUGCACCGAGGCCCGGCGGCGCUGCGAUCGCGACAGCCGCUGCAACCUGGCCCUCAGCCGCUACCUGACCUACUGCGGCAAGCUCUUCAACGGGCUGCGCUGCACCGACGAGUGCCGCACGGUCAUCGAGGACAUGCUGGCCGUGCCUAAGGCGGCGCUGCUCAACGACUGCGUGUGCGACGGCCUGGAGCGGCCCAUCUGCGAGUCGGUCAAGGAGAACAUGGCCCGCCUGUGCUUCGGGGCCGAACUGGGCAACGGCCCAGGCAGCAGCGGCUCGGACGGGGGCCUGGACGACUACUACGACGAGGACUACGACGACGAGCAGCGCGGCGGCGGCGCGGGCGGCGAGCAGCUGCUGGAUGACGACGACGGCGUCCCGCACCCGCCGCGCCCGGGCGGCGGCGCUGCAGCAGCGGGAGGCCGCGGGGACCUGCCUUACGGUCCCGGGCGCAGGAGCAGCGGCGGCGGCCGCUCGGCGCCCGGAGGCGCCUGGACCCCGCUGGCCUCCAUCUUGCUGCUGCUGCUGCUCCCGCUGCUCUUUUAGCCCCCGCGCCCCCCGCCGUAGGCUGCGGGAGGGCCCGCGCCGAAGCACCUGUGGAUGGGGGACAGUGGGGAUGGUUGGGAUACUUUCUAAAACGUGUUCCGAGUAGACUCUGCCUAGCGGGUCUCCCCUUCACGACUCUUGGCACUUCCCCGUGUCCUCUCCCGAACAUGACUUCUUGGACAUCCUCCCCUGCCCCCAUUCCAAGCUCCAGAAACUCUCAGCUCGUCUGCCCUGCAGAAGCUGGCCUAGCUAGAGUUUAGGAUGCCUGGGAUGAAAUGGGCGGGGGUACGGAACCAUAGCCUCGGACUCGGAAGAGAGGAUACCGACCUGUGGGAUCCUAACAGUUUCAAGGGAGUAGGCUUGGAGCGGGAGUAUGAGAGGGGAUUUACAUUUGCAAAAGUGGCUGUUUAUUAGCAUUUUUGCUGUGCAUGGGGAGGGGUAGGGGGGGCGGCGUGGGGGGAGGGCAGUACCGGUGUCGACUUUUAUUGUGGCCAGUGAGGACAUUGCAAUCGUGAGUAAACAGAAACGUCCCACUUACCGAUUCUUGUGUUUACUCUUGGUCAGCGCUCAGAAUUCUCCAUUUGGGCGGGGGAGGAGGCAUGGGAAGGGGUUAAUAUGCCUGACUUAGUUUUGGGUAACUUUGAGCCCUUGACCUUAAUUUCAUUGCCACCACUCUGAUCUCUUAGCCCAUUUCUUAGGAUUAAGGGUCAAAAAAUGCUGAUCUAAAGAGUUGCUAGUGGUGUUGAACAAUGCAACUUUUUAUGUAAAAGAGCUCUGUACUGCCAUCUAUGAAAGCCUCUUUAUGAUGUUUGUCUUGUCAUUUUUGUUCUUUCAUCAAGAAAUUGUAUGUACAGAUAUGCGGAGAAAAUAUAUCGCCUCUGCUUUUAUCAGGGUGCUAAACCCUGGUACUUCUAUAUAAAGUGUAUUAAAACUGGGAUUUGUUACCAGUUGCUGUACUUUGUGUAUAGAAUUUUUAUAAAGUGUAUGCUUCAGAAAUAAUUUAUUUUUAAAAAGAAAUUAAAAUUUUAAAUCUGCAACCACGUUACACUUUUCCUCUCUGAAAUGUAUAGAAUCUGUUUGUCACCAGGGGAUCCAAACCCACAGUCCAUUGUGAAGUGUGCUCUAUCUAGAACAGUCUUAAAAUGUACAGUGUAUUUUAUAGAUUUGAAGUUAACAUUGUUAUUUUCAAGAGAAUUUAUGGACAUUGUAGAAAUGUAUAAAUGCAUUUCCAAACUGCCUUAAACAUUGUAUUUUUAUAGACAUCCUUUUUUUAAAAAAGUCUUAUGUUUUAAGUAACUAUGGCUUUGUGUAUUUUUUGUUAUUUGUUUUAUUAAAAUGUGUACAUCAGUAAAGAGUUUUUAAAUAAUGAA